UCACUACUCCACCCGCCACCAUGCCGCCCAAGAAGUCAAAGAAGCAAGCGGCGGCAAAGGAGCCACAAGAAGGCGAGGAGGGCUGGGUGCCUCCGCUACCAGCUGAGCGUGCGCCGCCUCUCCCGACGGAGACUGCACCACCUCUACCGGCCGAGCAGCCGCCAUUGCCAGCGGCGGAGCCCGUGACCGAGCUGGGCGGGGACGACGAGGACGAGGAGGACGGAGACAAGGAGGGCGAUGACGAAGAGGCCGACAAUGACGACGAUGAGCCAUCAACUUCCGCCGCCAAGGGCAAGGGCAAGGCCGACUCUACCAACGCAUGGCAGGCGGUGUGGUCGCCCGAACGCAACGCGUACUACUUCUGGAACACGGAGACGGACGAAGUGACGUGGGUGAACCCGCUCGCGCCGGCGGGGUCCGACGCGCCGCCACUUCCCAACGAGCCGGCGCCCUCGGCACCGGCGAGCUCCUCAGCUCCCCGCGCAGCGCCGACAACAGCGCCAGAGAUGGACCCAGCGCUCGCGUUCCUCCUGCCCCCCGAGGCGCGUACCGCCGACGGCAGCUCGGCCAUGUUCAACGCGCGCACGGGGCGCUUCACGCCAGUCGACUACACGUACUCUGUUGCGCAUCUCGACGAGUGGAACCGCGCGAAGCGGAUGAGCGAGCGGUUUUUCGAUGUGGAUGGGUGGGAGAAGCAGAAGGCUGCGGAGAAUGCCAAGCGCAAGGCUGAUGAGGCUGCUGGCGUUGUGCGCGAGACGAAGAUUACGAAGAAGGACAUGGACCGCUUUAGGCGCAAAAAGGCCGAACACAAGGCCAAGCGCCAGGCGUGGCUGUACGACUAAGCAUGCAUUGUAGAUGGUGGGCGGGCGGGCCGGCCAGCCGGCCGCCGCUGAGACUAAGCUGA